UUAACUAUUAUCUUUUUCGAGACUUUUAUUUAGUUCAGAUCGUAGAUAAUUUGAAAAAGAAAAAUUAAUUUAAAAAAUCUCGAAGAAGGGUAAUUGUUCUUUAACAUCAUCUAGGAAUUCUCAGCCGAUCUUGUAUCGACGAAGAAAUAAUUAUAUUUCGCAAGAGAAAAAGAAAAAUAUAUGUAUAUUUUUUUUAGAAACUUAAGUAUACAUGUAAUAACAGCACGCGUCACGUUUCUAUUCAUAACUUUUCAGAUGUACAAAAAUGUUAAAAAGAGAAAAAAGGAAAGAAGCAACUUUGCUAAAAAUCAAGGGAGGCACGCGUGAGUCUAUGGAAAUGAUCGAUCGAUGAUAGCUCAUGCUUAAGAUAGAUAUUUUUUUUUCUUUUUUUUUUUGUGAACAUCAAUCGCUCCGAUUCAAUUUUAGAUUUUUUACCGUAGUCUACCGAUUCGUCCUAUCAUUUUCCAAAAACAUGGAGUUCGAUGUAGUUGUAACAAAAAAAAAAAAAAAAAUCGCUCUCGCUUAGACGAAAAUUAUCUAUAUUCAGGAUUUUUCGUUCAUGCUGACCGAUCAGUCAUUCGAUACUGACAGAUUCGACGAGAUUUUUACUGGGAGAUUUUUUUUCUCAUCGGUCAAUUUACUUUUGCUUGUGAACAUGUUAAAAAAAAAAAAGAAAGAAAAAGAGAUAAAAAAGAAACGAUCUUCAUUAAAUGUUUAUUUUAAUGUUAAUCAAGUUUUCUUUCGAUCUAUCGAUUAGAUUUAAUCGACUCAUUUUAGAUCGUACAGUUACAAAAAAAAAAAGAAAAAACAUGUUGGAUUUCAAAAUGAAAGCAUUAGUAGAAAAGGUUCGAAUGAUUGAUAUGUGGUUUCUUUUUUAAAAUAACUUGUAACCUAUAAAUAUGCGUAAGUCGUGUUUGUUUAGCUGCAUCCAAAAAUCGCAAUAUUCUGAUCUAUACAAAUCACUUUCUCUCUCUCUCUCUCUUUCUUUUUCGAUCUAGGUACAACUAAUAUCAGAAGGUGCAAUUCGUUGUUGUGACUUUCGAAGAGUUAGAGUAAGACGGAUCGGUGGGAUUUUCAAAAGAAACACGACAGGAAGAUUUUUCAGUCCAACUCGAUCCAUCAUAUUCACGAAAGGUCAGCGUUCUCGAUUCGUAAUUUUAAAAGAAAAAAUAGAGUUUGUUGUUACCGUCGGCGAACUUUAAAAUUUUACAUUCUUUUCUUUCUCUCUCUCUCUCUUUUUUUUUUUAAAGGAAGGCGAUUUUUCCCGUACAAAUGGGCCUUCCUAUGUAGUUGUUUGACCAUCCGAUGAGUUUAAGAAAAUUCGAUUCAGUCGCUAUUUUUUAUUUUUGCAUUUCCGUGCGUGAGAAUUUCAAAAACGAAGGAAAUAAUAUUUCACGAGAAAUUGUGGUUAUUUUUUAAAAAUAUUCAAUUUUAUUCUAGUAAUAUUUGUAGAAAAUAUUCGAAAGUGAACCGAUGUUGAUUUUUGAUAUUUCGUAGUAUUGAUAGGAAAUAUUCAAAAAAAAAAAAUUCGAAAAAUUCUAAAUACCCUAUUCUAAAAUAUCUAAAUUAAAAACUAUCUGCUAAAGUUGUAUAUCCGUAUUAUUGAAAUCAUCUUUUUGUUUUUCGCGAUAAGAAUAUAAAAAUUAGCACAUAUCUCGAGAUAGAAAGUUCCCUAAUAAAAAAUCUAAUACUUCGAGGAAAGUUAUAACAUAAUUAUAAUAUAAAUUAUAUUACGAAGCGAACGUUAAAUCCAUUCGAGAUUCGUCUCUCUUUGUGAAUUCAUCCCUAUGUGACUUUGACGAUCAAGGGGUUGUCGAUACAGUACGUCGACACAAGCUAUGCAAGUUUCAUAAGAGACAAUCAAAAGGACAAGUUUCAUAUUAGAUAUAUUUUGUAUUAGACAAAAGAAAUAAUUAGAUUAUAGGGAUAUUCUUUAUAGUUUAAUUAAUAGAAUAUAUCAUUGGAUUAAAUUUAAACGCUUCUAUGUUGAGGUUGCGUUUAUCAAGAUGGACCUACCAAGUCGAAGAAAAAGAAGAGAAUAAGAAUAAGAAGAUCUUAUUUAGUAUUACGAAGCUCUUUAACAGGUUCGAUUUUUCACGGAUUUAGUGAAAUCUUGUUGUAUCGUUAAAUAGCAUACGACGUGAUCCGGACGGUGGAGAAAAUCAAAAAGGACGUCGUGACGAAUGUUACAAAGGAUACUAGGAUAUAUCGAAUGGUAGCGAAGUUGGUUUUUGUAUGGUUUCGUAGGUCGUUUGACAGAAGGGUGUUCUUCUCUUGGUUGACGAGAAAAAGAGAGAGAGAGAGAGAGAGAGAGAGAGAGGCAAACGUGGAUGGCUCGCUUCUGGAGGGUAGAUUCGCUCGGAGUAUUACAAUAAAUCAACGAACCGCUUUCCAGGGCUCCACCCUCGCAACUUCUCUACAAUAUAUUCCAUACAGGACGCGAUAAUACAACGCAAGAGAAACGGCAGAGUGUCCCUUUCAUUGUUGUCCAAAGUGGUUUACAAAGGUCAUACUCCUUGGUGCGUACGACCUCUAUAAACGAUUAUUUUUCUUACUUCCGAUCGUCAUUUUACCUGGAAUGAUAACUUUAACUUUGAUGUCAAGUUUAGUCAUUGUUUUCUAAAUGUCAAAUUUGAACCAUGUUUGUUCCGUUAUAAAGAAAACGCGAAAGAUCAAAUAUUGAUUACAGCCGUUCAUUCAUUUACCCGAAAGAUUGUUCGUUCCAUUUUUUUUUCUUUUUUCUUUUUCUUAUUCUUUUAGGUGGAUGCAUGAAGAUUCUGCAAAUACGUGAGAGAAAAGCAAAGAAAAAAAGAUAUUACAGAGUAGAUCUAUGUUAUAUAAAUAUUUCUUACACAUAUGUCUACGAAGGAUAUUAUAAGAUACUACAAAGAAGCAAAAAAUAAGUUUGUCGUGGUACUCUGUUACGACAUUUGCAUCAGCCAACAUUUUCUUUUUUUAACUGGCUCAAGGUCGAAGUAUUCAUAUAACAAAAGUUGUCACACUUUAGUUCUCCUAACGACAAUCUCUCCACAGUAAAUUUAGUAAAAAGAAGAUUAUCAAAAAAGAUUUAUGAAAAAAGUGAUAGUAUUUAUAAAAAAAUUGUUAACAAGCUCUUCCUUUUUUCCAAUUAAUAUCAAAAUAUUCUAUAAGAUCUAUAAAUCGAGUAUGGCCAGUAAACGAAAGAAAUUCUGUUCGAAGCUAAGCUAAGCUAAGUCAAACCUUUUCUGAUAAAAACUUUUCAUUACACUUUCCUAUAUAAAGGGGCACGUUCUAGAGAACGUAUAGUGGGCAUGUCUGAGGAUUGCAACGCCUCGAUCGUACCCCUCAGUUUUUUUCCAAGCUCCCCUCUUUUUUGUCUGCCCCCUCUCUUUCCCAGAGCUCUCCCAUACAGUUGACUAAUUCAUAACAAAAGGAUCGAGCGUCGUAAACCGAGCCUUCGGCAGGCCCUCCAAAAGCCCACCACUCGGUUCUUCUUCAAAGCGUGUCCGUCUCUUUCUCUCUCUCUUUCUCUGUCACUCUCUGCCAAUCGCCUCUUUUUCUUCCACCCUUCUCUACUGCGGUCCGUCCAAGGGUACGACCCAAUCCCGAGCAAGAGGGUGGGAACUUUUGGCGGUAUAUAAUCUUUCUCCUGAGAACGAUUGAAACAGUUAACUACGAAUAUUCGUUGUGAACAUUUUAGUUAAAGAAGAAUAUUUUCUUUUAUAAAGCGAGUGAGAAAUAUAUAGAUCAGUCAGAUUCAGUGUCUAUUUCAUUGUCUUUUAUUUAAGAAGAUAUAAAAGGACAAUCUUUUAAAGCGAGAUCAAAAUCUUAUAAUAAUUUAUAAUCGCUAAAAAAAUACAUAUAUAUAUAUAUAUAUAUAUAUAUUACCGUGAUAUUUUUUAAAAGUUGAAUCUUUUAAACAAAAUGGCUGACAAUUUUUUCCGUCCUUGGACGAUAAACGAGAAGACGAGGAACGUUGCGGAGAACAAUACGGAGGAAGAAGACUGCGAUAGUAUUAUAUCACUACCGAUAGAAGAUAACAAUAUUCGAUCUCCGUAUGAAGGUAGCGAUGAAAGGAGGAGUAACGAAUCGUUGUCUUCUCUUAUAAAUGUAGAAAAUGUCGGUGAAGAACAAAGUUUGGAUUCCGUACCGAGAAAUUCUUAUGACGCGUCGUCCAAGGAUAACGCACGUCUUUCUACGGAUCAAUGUCCAAAUGAUAUUAAUACUGGCAUGAAAAAUUUGCCUUCUACCAGUAACGCAAAUUUCUUAGCUUAUUGUCAGUUUGAUUAUUUACAUAAUAUUAAUUUGUAUCAGCCAUCAGAAAUGUUUACGAUACAGAACAUGAAUGGUACAUGUUGGCCAUCAUCGAACUUUCUCAAUAUUAAUGCAUUCACCAAUGCAUGUCGUACCGCUAUACCACCGCCGAUUCAUCAUUAUACACCACCAACUUAUACCACAUCCGUUGAAAAAGCUGCUGAGUUGGUAAAUUUACAAGACGUUGCUGCUAAGCAAAUGAAAAAGCUUCGUCCGAAAAAAUUUCGCUGCGAGUACUGCGACGUGGCGUUCAGUAACAAUGGCCAACUCAAAGGACACAUUAGAAUACAUACAGGCGAAAGACCAUAUAAAUGUGAUUCAGAGGGAUGCGGCAAAAGUUUUACACGGAAUGAGGAAUUAACCCGGCAUAAGAGAAUCCAUACAGGGUUAAGGCCUCAUAUCUGUAUGCUUUGUGCAAAACGUUUUGGUAGAAAGGAUCAUUUAAAAAAGCACACGAGGACGCAUGAAAACCGUGACCCAUAUCACGUCUCUGCAUCUUCUUUAGAUAUUUUUUCAUCUGGAAUCGCUUUUCCGUCGUAUCUCUAUCCAAAAUAAAAAAAAAUUGGUCAAUUUAUAAGACCUUGCAAGCAAACAAGCAAGUAAGCAAGCAAGCAAGUAAGCAAGCAAGCAAGCAAGCAAAUGCAUGAAACUUCGACCAAAGAAAUUUUGCUACGAGUAUUGCGACGUGGUAUUCAAUAAUAAUAUCAAACUCAAAAGACACAUCGGAAUACAUAAUGUUGGAAAACGAUACAAAUGUGAUUCUGAAGAAUGCAGCAAAAAUUUUACAUGGAACGAGGAGUUAACUCUUUGGUACAAACGUAUUCAUACAGGAUGAAGACCUCGCGUUUUCAUUUUUUUUAUGUGACGGAUAAUUUAGAAGAAAAGAUCAUCUAAAAGGACAUACGAGAUAAUUGUUAAUUAUCAUAGAAAACUUUGAUUCUUCAUACUAAUCGUCUAGUCUUCCAUAUGACAAUUUUUAAUAGUAAUUUAUUUUCACAAAAAGUAUAUAUAAAUAUAUAUAUAUAUUUAUUUAUUUAUUUAUUGUAGACGUCGCAUACUAAACGCGAUGAAUUAGGCUAUAUACAUACAUGCUCAAUGUCGAUCAAUCGAGUCCAUUUUUCCGUCUGUGCCUAUAGUCUAAAUAUAUAUUUUAUAUCAGAUAUA